CAACAUUGUCGAUCACAUAUAAAGCCCGCAGUUGAGAACACGUCUCGUAAAUCAUCUUCUCCUACAACGCAGCAUGUCGUCGACGGCGACCGUCCCCAAGCUCUUCCAGCCUAUCAAGGUCGGCGGGCGCACAUAUGCUCACCGUGUCGUGAUGGCGCCACUGACGCGUUUCCGUGCGAACAAAGCGCAUGUGCACGGCGACCUUGCGGUAGAGUAUUAUCGCCAGCGGUCGACGGUCCCCGGCACUCUGAUAAUCACCGAGGCGACAUUCAUCGCUGCGAAGGCCGGUGGGUACAAAAACGUACCGGGGAUCUGGAGUGACGAACAAGUAGUUGCCUGGAAGGCGGUGACCGACGCGGUCCACGGGAACGGUUCUCGCAUCUUCUGCCAGCUAUGGGCUCUAGGUCGGGCCGCUGAUCCUAAAGUCCUUGAAGAGGAGGAUGCAUCCUUCCCUUUCGUCUCUUCUUCCGACAUUCAGAUGACGGGCAGGCCGAAGGCGCCUCGCCCUCUGACCAUCCCAGAGACAAAGGAGUAUGUCAAGCUGUUCACAAUCGCCGCCAAGAACGCCAUACGCGCAGGCUUCGAUGGUGUCGAGCUUCACGGUGCAAAUGGCUAUCUCAUCGACCAGUUCCUGCAGGACGUGAGCAACAAGCGCACUGACCAGUACGGCGGAUCGAUCGAAAAUCGCAGCCGCUUUGCUCUCGAGAUCAUUGAUUCUGUCACGAACGUGAUCGGCGAGGAGAGGAUGGGCAUCAGAUUGAGCCCUUGGGGCGAGUUCCAAGAUAUGCGUAUGUUGGACCCAAAGCCCACGUUUUCAUUCCUGGCAUCCCAGAUCGCCGCACGACAUCCGAACUUUGCAUACAUCCACGUCGUUGAGCCGCUCACGAACGGGAACCCGGAUCGCGUUCCAGUCCCAGGGGAGAGCAACGACUUCCUGCGCAAGAUUUGGGCACCGCGUAGGUUCAUAAGUGCGGGCGGACACAGUCGCGAGACUGCGUUUGAGACGGCUGAGAAGAACGGCGACCUGGUCGCGUUCGGACGAUUCUUCAUUUCUCACCCCGAUUUGCCGCUGCGUCUCGCGCAGAACCUGCCUAUCUCGGAGGGGAACCAGGACACGUACUACAGUAAAGAGGAUCCGCAUGGCUAUAUCGACUAUCCGUUCACUGACGACACACCGGGCAAACUGUAGCCCUCAGGAUGUCAACGCGUACAGAAACGAUCGUUGGCACACUAUUAGAAGUAGAUAUCCGAGAUGAGUGGGACAUCCCUUGCGAUUCGCAGAAGUAUUGUAUGCAAAGUAAAGCACACAUCCGUCACUGCAUUGUACAUUGCUCAUGCCUCAUGCACCAUGGGACCGAGAUGGUUUCUACCUCAGGAAUGUCAGAGUUAUCAAACAUCUGGUACAAGGACCUGCUAUCAUUGGAGAAAGACUGUCUUCUGAGGCAGCUCCAUCAAUGACAGGAGAUGUCGC